AUGUCAGGUGAAUUAGUCGAAUUUGCAGAAGGCACUAGGGGUAUUGCUCUUAAUUUGGAAUCCAAAAAUGUUGGGAUUGUAUUAAUGGGCGAUGGGUUGAUGAUACAAGAGGGAAGUUUUGUAAAAGCAACAGGAAGAAUUGCUCAGAUACCCGUGAGCGAGGCUUACUUGGGUCGUGUUAUAAAUGCUUUGGCUAAACCUAUUGAUGGGAAAGGGGAAAUUAUAGCUUCGAAAUCUCGCUUAAUUGAAUCUCCUGCUCCAAGUAUAAUUUCCAGGCGUUCCGUAUAUGAACCUCUUCAAACAGGGCUUAUUGCUAUCGAUUCGAUGAUCCCUAUAGGGCGCGGUCAGCGCGAGUUAAUUAUUGGGGACAGACAGACUGGCAAAACAGCAGUAGCCACAGAUACAAUUCUCAAUCAAAAAGGACAAAAUGUAAUAUGUGUUUAUGUAGCUAUCGGUCAAAGAGCAUCCUCUGUGGCUCAAGUAGUAACUAAUUUCCACGAGGAGGGGGCCAUGGAAUACACUAUUGUAGUAGCUGAAAUGGCGGAUUCACCUGCUACAUUACAAUACCUCGCUCCUUAUACGGGAGCAGCCCUGACUGAAUAUUUUAUGUACCGCGAACGGCAUACUUUAAUAAUUUAUGAUGAUCUCUAUCCCCCGCUAAUCCGAGCGAGCUUUCAAAUAUUUGUCCCACAUUCAUUCGGGAGGGUACUCCUAAGGGAUUGA